CCCCCGCAUUCGGCUUAUGGCCCCGCCCCCUUCUCCCCUCAAGGCGCUGGUUAGCUAACAGUAGCAUGAAGCUAGCGCACCUGGAGCGGCGUCUCGAGACCAAACAUGCUAAUCACGCCGGUUUCACAGAAGAACACACAAUCACAACCAGAUGUGGACUUGAAUCUCAGAAUAAAGGGCUGCUGCUGCUGCUCUGGGACCAGUUUGGUGCUCAUUUUGUGUCGAGCAUCUUAUUGAUAUGUGCCCUGAGCAGUGGUCCUAAAUCAGCGCCUUGUUUGUCGAGACUCCAUUGGUGGACUCCUCCUCCACCUCCUCAGCAGAGACCCAGCACCUCCGGAGGCUUCGUGAAAACAGCACAGGACCGUGUUGGUAGAUUUUACUCCAGAGCCAUGAAGCCUUUGUUGUUGGUGCUUUGGGGCUUGCUGCUGUCUCCCGGGCGGGCUCACGGCAGGGCUAACUGCAAGCCGGUAGCCUCGGGCUUCUGCCAGGGUUUGGGAUACACCUCGACCCCGCACCCGACCGGAGCGCCGGGCUUCGCCCUGCAGCAGAUCGCUCAGAUCGUGGAGACCGCCUGCUCGCCCAAUGUGGCCACGCUCAUGUGUCGGGUCGCCGUGCCCGAGUGUGGCUCGGAGGAGAGCGGCCAGAUGAAGCCGUGCAGAGCGCUCUGUGAGAAGGUCAAGAGCGACUGCGAGCCCGUCCUCAGGGCCAAGAGGCUGAGCUGGCCCACGAGGAUCCGGUGCGACGCCCUGCCGGCCUCCAGCUGUGUGCAGGGUCAAGACACCAGUGCUCCUCCUCCUCCUCCUCCUCCUCCGGCCUCGUGCCAGACGAUCACCGUCCCGCUCUGCAGAGACCUCCCUUACACCGACACCGUCCUGCCCAACGUCCUGGGCCACGCCACUCAGGAGGAGGCGGGGUCGGCUCUGUGGACGUUCGCGCCGCUCAUCCAAGUCGGCUGCUCCGCCCAGCUGAAGCCCUUCCUGUGCUCCGUCUUCACUCCCAAGUGUGUGUCGGGGGCGCCCGGGCCCCCCUGCAGGGCGCUGUGCGAGCAGGCGAGGGCCGGCUGCGAAUCCCUGAUGAACAAGAUCGGCCUCCAGUGGCCGGAGGCCCUCGGGUGCCAAGCGUUCACCUCGGAGUCCUGUGAGAACGCUCACGGCUUCGGUUUCACUCAGCCAUCCGGUGCCUCGUGCCAGACGAUCACCGUCCCGCUCUGCAGAGACCUCCCUUACACCGAGACCGUCCUGCCCAACGUCCUGGGCCACGCCACUCAGGAGGAGGCGGGGUCGGCGGCGUUUCAGUUUGCAUCGCUGGUGAGACUGGGGUGCUCCGCCCACCUGAAGACCUUCGUGUGCUCCGUCUACACCCCCGAGUGUGUGUCGGGGACGCCUCGGCCCCCCUGCAGAACGGUCUGCGAGCACGCGCGGUCCGACUGUCAAUCCCUGAUGAACAAGUUCGGCCUCCGGUGGCCCGAUUCCUUGAAGUGUGAAGCGUUUACCACCGAGUCCUGUGAACACUACGGAGUGGGCACCGGCGGAGGGAUCUGUGAGCCGAUCACCGUUCCGAUGUGCCAGGGCCUGUCCUACAACCAGACCAUGUCCCCGAAUCUCCUGGGACACGGCAGUCAGAGAGAAGCGGUGGCGAAGAUGUCCUUUUUCAACGCGAUGGUGCAGACGAUGUGCACGGUGGACAUACGCCUGUUCGUGUGCACGGUGUACGCCCCCCCGUGUCUGGCGGGGGAAGUGCAGCGGCCCUGCAGGUCGUUCUGCGAGAGGGCCAAACGGGGCUGUGAGGGCUUCAUGGCCAGCUUUGACGUUUCCUGGCCAGCUGAGCUGCAGUGUGACUCGUUCCCAGAGGACAAAUGUGUCUCGGAAGACAGCAGGCCUGACAUGUUAAAUGCCGAAGGACUUCUCGCGAAGCUGAUCGCCGGGGGCUACUCUGUUCGUGGAAAAACGCUGAGUCUGAAGACAGCCCGUCUGCUGUUGACUCUCAUGGACGCGGACAAGACCAGAGACCUGAAUGUGGUGGAGGUCUUUAAACUGGAGCACCAUGUGGCCGUUCUCCGGAGGGAGUAUGUGGAGAGCUACGAGGGGAGGAACCCGCCCUCCGUCACCCAAACCCAAAUGAAAAAGGCUCUGUCUCUCCGUGAAUUCCAUUUAGACGAGGAAACCUUCAGAGUUCUGUGGGACGAGAACCGAUCAGAGGGCGGAAUCGACUACGAUGAGUUUGUGGCCGUCCUGACGAAACUUCAGAUCCUCAGAGAGCGCUUCCAGGCUCACCGGCUGAGUUUGCCGUGCGACUGCCAAGUCGCCAGCUUCUCCUUCAAGCAGUUCAUGGAAUCAGCGAUAAUCUGAAGAUCAAACCGCAGGAGAGAAAGUCCUCAGAGCCGUGAGGACCACAUAUGUGGUUACGGAUCAUCUUCAUCACCAUCAUUCUAAAAGUUCAGGAACAUUCAUCAUCGAUGUCAGAAGUUUAUAUUUAGUCAGUUCAUGUGUGUGUUUGUUUGUGUGUUUUCAGAUCACAUGUAUGACUUCUGUAACGUUU